GAAAAGUCACAGCCGGGAGCGGAAAUCUCCGGGACACAGGAAGUCAAUGGCAAUGAGUGUCUCUGAGGCUGGAGACAGAAAUACAGGUUGAGUUUGGGAUGUAGCCUUUCUGAUGGGGUCCGUGCAGGCAGAGGUGGAGAGAGCAUCCUGAACGCGUCUGCCUGCAGCCCCUGUUGACCCGGGAGCCCCGUCCAAGAGGGGGAAGGGACGGGUCUCCUGUGAGAGGGGUUCCCUUGGACCAGACGGGGUAAGGGGUGGGUGAGUGGGGGUGUUCGCCCCAUUCCCCCUCCCCCGCCGGAAUUCCCAGAACGGCUGUGAAGCGAGUGCUGCUCCUGCUCUGCUACUUUGUUGCACUCUUGCAACUGAGGAAAAUGUGGAGCAGUAAAUACCUGCGGAGCCCCCUGUCCCGUUCGUUGCUCAGCAACAUGAGGCAGCAAGGCGAUGAAGAACACGACAAGUCCCAGUGGUACGCCUGUGACAUGGAACUGCUGCCAACAUGUCUGCAGCAACUGUUUGUUCAGAGUUAUCUAGACAUGGGGACACGUGCGUUUCUCAGGCAGUGCUCGGAGAAAUCCAGCUGGCUUUUUGUUCAGAUUUAUUACUCCCUUGUCACCUCUGUGUUUGGUCUGUUCAUGUCCAAGACCUCCAUCAAUGGGCUGUUGGGAAGAGGAUCGAUGUUUGUCUUCUCUGAGGAGCAAUUUCUUCAACUGCUCAGAGUGGGACCAGACUGGCGGGCAGCCAGAGUGCUUGAUCUUGGGGCUGGAGAUGGAGAGGUUACUAAAAUCAUCAGUCCCCAUUUUGAAGAGGUCUACGUGACUGAAGUGUCUCCCACCAUGAAAUGGCAACUUAAAAAGAAACAGUACAGAGUCCUGGGGAUUGAUGAGUGGCAGGGCACUGGCUUUUAUUACAAUAUGAUUAGCUGCCUAAACUUGCUGGAUCGGUGUGAUCGGCCCUUGUCUCUACUGAAGGACAUCAGGAACACUCUGGAACCGAGUAAAGGCCGUCUGAUACUGGCUGUGGUCUUGCCCUUCCAACCCUAUGUGGAAAAUGGUGGUAAAUGGGAGAGACCUUCGGAAUAUCUAGAGGUAACUGGAGAGACGUGGGAAGAGCAAGUGGCCAGUUUUAGUAAUGAUGUGUUCAACAAGGUGGGCUUUGCCAUUGAAUCCUUCACCCGGCUCCCAUACCUGUGUGAAGGGGACUUGUACAAUGAUCACUAUGUACUGGAUGAUGUGGUCUUCGUUCUUAAACUGGUUUAAAGCUGCAUUGUCCAGAUGUUUCAUAACAACGAACGCAACACAACAAUUCCAAUCAGCAAGAACAGUUUCAUCUUUCUAUUCGGACAAAUAAUGGGUUAAAAACACUUGUUUAACUUGAAGUGAAUUUAAAUAUUUUGUGAACUACUUGAUAUACGCUCUAUGGCCUUUUUAUAUAUACACACUGUGUCCUUUCUGGCCAAAAUCUUUUCUGCUCCUCUUACAAUUGUUUGGUUGUUGAGGUAUUUUUCUUCUCGAAUCCUCCUUUCUAUCUUGCUACCGUGACUUUGAACAGAACACUCCAUGCCUCUCCCUGCUUAAUGAUUCAUACUUUGGUGAAGGGCUAAGUAGGGUCCCCAGCCCUCCAGGGAUGGCCGAGACUCUGCAGAUAUUUACAAUUAAUCUCAUGAAUGCUGCUAUGAACAGAAUCCAGGAGGAAAACAAUCAUUGAAAUCUCCUUUCUUUAAAAAAAAAAGCAUUGUGCUUAUUUUCCACAGUUUAUUUGAUUACCUUGUUUAUUAAUAUUGGGAAAGUUGGAAAUCAUGCGAGGAAACCAGGAAUACAUCCAGUCUCAAAUUGGCAACCCUAGGGGUUGGUGAAGAUGUUGUUAGUGUUUUUAUCCAAUCCAUGUGGUAAUUCUCUACUGUUGGCAUCUAGCCAGCAAAGUAGAACUGACAACAUUUAAGCAGUAAUGGGGAGACUGGUUUGAAAAAAUCAUUCAAAAGGGUGUCCACUCCUGCACCUCACUACAACCAUAAUAACUGAGCCAGCAGUGGCAGUGAAUUUAAUCGAAACAUAAAGACGUAAAUGAUUUAUUGAAAAUGUGCCUGAUAUUGUAUUACUUCAGUGAAGCUGCUUUAUUUUAGAGUUUUGAAAUCUGGCUCAUUUGUACAAUGUCUCCUGCGGGCUGUCACAGGAAGUGAAGAACCAUAAUGGUCUCAGUGGGAUCAUUUAAAUCAUGUCAAAUAUUCUACAAUGUUGGGUUUUACAAUUUAACCACAGUCAUCUGGGUUCAAGACUAGAACUGGUAAAUGUUUAAUAUUUUACAGUCUGAAGUUUAAUAUUUUAAUCUUGUAGAUUAUUUACUUUUAAAACAGGAUGCUUUUUGGAUGUAAGAGAUGAUCAACUGUAGAUUGUCUUGAUCUAGUUCUUUAUAUUUUAUUCCAUGUUGCCUCUGGAAGAAUAAAAUGAGGAUGCAUUUUCCUUACCUUUUGAAGUUCUAAUGUUUCAUGUAAAGGAUUGUAAUAGACUAACACUAAGGUUGGAUCACUAGGUACCAGGGACAAAUACUGACUUCAAGAUAGAAAGCAGAGAGUAGCAUUACGUGCAAUAUUGUAAAGGGCAUAUAUUCAGACCGGCAUAACGAUCAGUUCUUCACAAUUUAUAAUUAAUGGUUUAGAUUUUAGAAUAGAAAACAAAAUGUCUAAAUUUGUGAACUAAAUUUGUGAACAAAUACUAAAAUGGGAGGUUCUAAGAAAGGGUCACUGAACCCGAAACUCUAAUUCUGAUUUCUCACCACAGAUGCUGGGGAACCUGAUGAGCCUUUCCCACAAUUUCUGUUUAUGUCUCUAAGAUGGGGAAAUAUAAUCACACUUACUCUUGCGUGGGAUGUGGCUAGUGCUGACAAUCGUUCAUUUUACAUCUUAACCUCCCUUAAACUGAUUGACUUGACUGUUAACUCCCCCUCUCUCUCUCUCUCUCCCCCCCCCCCCAAAUAAUUUCAACCAUAUUUGUUGGUCUGGAAUGUAUUGGCCCUACAGAACAAUACUGAACCAGAUGGACUUUUACAACAAAAUGGAUAAAUAGUUACAGUUAAACUAUUGUUUUUAAUUUGAGAUUUUAUUUAAUUCAUAUUUCACCACCUCUCAUGAUGGGAUUCUUGUCACCAGAACAUUAACCUGGGCUCUGAAUUCUCAAUUCGCUGACAUUACCACAUUGGUACUGCUGUCCCCUAACACUGAGGAUGACAGGAAAGUACAAAAGGAGGUUAAUAAUCUCACAGGACAGGCACAUCGUAAUGAAUAACAGCAUGAAAAAGUAUUAGGCAUACAAAAGCAAAGUACUCCAGAUGCUGGCAAUCUGAAAUAAAAACAAAAAUGUCUGGAAACACUCAACAGGUCAAGCAGCAUUUCUGGAGAGAAACAGAGUUCAGGUUUCAGGUCAGUGACCUUUCAUUAGAACGCUGAAGAAAGGUCACCGUAAAAUGGCAAAAGUUACUUUAUUUUGGUGAGAAAUAUAAAAGAGUUGUGUUAUGAUCCUCUUGGAGACCAAUCGGCUUUAAAGAAAGUAAUCUCUAUGAAAUCAGUAAAAAGAAAACUGAUGGACAAGAUGUCACUUUUUAAUACCUACGAGCCAAUUAAAAUUAACAUGAAUAUUAAUUGAGGGGUGAGAUAUAUUUCCAAUAAAAGGGUAAACUUCGCCUCAAGUAGUUAAUAUAACAAAGAUAGACCUUGCGUACAGCAUUCCUAAUAUUGCCCACAGAAAUGUAUUACCACGGGUAACGUCGGGCUUUCCAGCUGGCCUUUGGUUUGUCGCAUCUCUUGCUUAACUGUGUGGUUGUCAGAAUGUCCUUUAAACACCACAUUGUUAUUCAUAAAUCACUGCAAGUUACCUUUAAUUCGGCUACUUAUUAAGAAAUCUCACAGACAAUGAAGUACUGAAACAAUGAUUUAACAUUUAUUGCAUGUAGCAACCAAAAUAAGACCCUUUGAGUAAGCCUCACAAGUCAAGCUAGUUAUUACUCAAUUAAUGGUGGAAUUUAGUGACAGGUCCAACCAAUAGUAUCUCUCUGGCAGUGUCCAGGAUUCAAUCCUUCCAUAGAAUCCUUCCAGCACGGAAACAGGCCCUUUGGCCCACAAGUCCACACCGACCCUCCGAAGAGUAACCCACCCAGAUCCAUUCCCCUACAUUUACCCCUGACUAACCUACACAUCCUGAACACUGGACAAUUUAGUGUUGCCAAUUCACCUAACAUCUUUGGACUGUGGGAGGAAACCAGAGCAUCUGGAGGAAACCCACAGAGACACUGGGAGAAUGUGCAAACUCCACAUAGACAGCUACUCGAAGCUGGAUUCGAACUCGGGUCGCUGACGAUGUGAGGCAGCAGUGCUAACCAACCUGCCACCCUUCAAAGUUUUGCGAAUAAGGGGUUCUGGUGUUGGAUUUGUUUAUACAGGUUUUCACCUUUCAGGUCUAUGCAGUGAUAUUAUUGAUGAUUCUUUAGUUUGUUUCAUCUAAAAUAUUGCAAACUGCAGCUUGCCUUUUUAUCAGAAGUAACUCCUCUGCUCUUUGUUAUAUUCGGUGUUAACAGUCUCAAGAUAUAUACUGUUUUGUAAUUAACUCCUUAAAUUCUUCAACAAACUGGUCAUUUAUUCUUGUGGUGUGAGGCAGCUAGUUAUCAAGUAGUUUUGUUCAUGUAACUUUGAUUCCCUUUUUCUCCCAGACAUGGCUAAUUGCUUUCAAUUCCAGUAUAGGUUUGUUCUUGUCCCUUUAUAGUUUAUCCCGGACAGAGUUAUUGCUUCUUUUGUGUGUAACAGUUUAUUUUUGUUGAUUCUUUUGAUCCAUAAACAGUUAAAGUUC